AUGAGUGUUCAGGCGGGAGCCGUGGUCACCUCCAGGUGGCUUAUGGAGGCUGCCAGGCUGCACCACAAGAAACUUUGCAUCCUGGACACUUCUUGGUACUGGCCCAAAGCGAGGCGCAGUGCCAAGAGUGAGUUCAGUAGCAGACACAUCCCGGGUGCCGCCUUUUUGGACCUGGCCGAGUGCUGUGAUAAAACCUCCCCUCUGGAACACAUGCUGCCCUCCGAGCAGAACUUUGCGGACUACGUGGGGCGCCUAGGUGUGGAUGGAGACACGCAUGUGGUGGUAUAUGAUGCUAGCGACUUUGGCGCCUUCUCUGCUCCAAGAGCCUGGUGGAUGUUCCGGGUGUUUGGACACAGUCGGGUGUCGGUGCUGGACGGGGGACUCAGGAACUGGCAACGGGAGGGGCGGCCGUUGAGCGACGUGGCGGUCAGACCCAGGCCCGGUGUGUUCAAGGCCUCCCUAAACCGCAGCUGGGUCAAGACCUAUCAGGACCUUGUGGGCAACCUGGACUCCAAAAAGUUCCAGGUGGUGGAUGCCAGGCCAAGUGGCAGGUUCCGAGGACUGGACCCUGAACCCAGAGACAACAGAGAACCGGGCCACAUUCCCGGCUCCAUCAACAUUCCCUUCCACUCCUUCCUGUCGCCGUCGGGCCACUUCCUGUCAAAGAAGCGACUCCAGGUUCUGUUUUCCCAGGCCGGCGUCGACCUCGGCUGCCCGAUGUGCGUGCUGUGCGGCUCGGCGGUGACAGCGUGCCAUCUGGCGCUGGCGGCCCACGAGUGCGGACACCCAGGCGUUUCGGUGUAUGACGGCGGCUGGUCCGAGUGGUACGUGCGUGCCAUGCCAGAGAACAUCAUUUCGGAAGGCCGGGGGAAGAGCCUGUGCUUAGUGGGAGAGUCUAGACUGGAAUGAGAUCAGAAGUAGGUAGGAUAAAGAACAUGGACGCCACUGAUGGGUACCCCUUGAACACAGACGCUGGAUGUCUAAAUCCAUGUACUUCACAGGAGCCACCAAAAACUGGCGCACAGCAUCAAAACUGCACAUCCAAGUUGGAGAUAUAGAAAUGGAAAUACAGCGGUAAUUCCCAUUAUGAAUCCAUUCCAAAGGGUCCAUCAAAAACCGGAAGAAUUUAAAUAAAAUGACAAUCCCUCCUUAAUUGCAGUUAAUCGGUUCCAGACCUGACCGUGAUAACCGAGUCGGAGUCCUUAUUUAUGAAUUGAAUAUUUUCUUACUAGGAGCACAGAAGACCUGUUUAUGCACGUUUAAACAUGAUUAGAGUCACCCCUAUAGUCACCUUUACGCCCCUAUUACCGGAUAUAGUAGAAAUAAUAAGAGAAAAUAAAACAUUUAACAUUGUGCUCGUGUGCGUUGCUUUAAAUGUUUUCAGGUGC